AUGGCAUCCACCAGCACCGGCAAAAUCUACGUCCUCAAAAACAGCUUCACAGCCGCCGCCAAAAUCCUCGCCCUCAUAAAUAACGGGGGCACAUCCCUCUCCAUGAUAGACGCCCGCAACGUCAACCCAGACAGCCUCUGGUUCCUCACGCCCACCCACACGCCGCACUUCUACCGCCUGCACACCAUAGCCAACGGCGUCAAGCAGUCUCUCGAUGUCAUCAACGACAACGGAGUGCAGAGCGUCAACCUCGAGCUAGCCAGUACCGGGGAGUACUCGGGCCAGUAUUGGAGAUUCGAUGACUGGCAUACGAACGCUGCGUAUCCGUAUCGUCUGAGCAAUAACUUUACGGGGCCGAAUGCGCAUCUUGACGUUUAUUCGGAUACGUUUGCGGCGCAUCUGGCUGGGGGGGACUAUACUGGGCAGCAUUGGGCGCUUGUGCCUGCGGAUACAGUGGUUGUGACCACAUCGUAG